GUCAUGUCACCUCCUGCUGCCGCGUGACGUCACGAUAUAUUCGGAAGCUGCUGCACCGCGCGCGCUCUCACUGAGAUCCGAGAUAUUAGGGGCUGACCGGGCAUGGCAUUGGCUAGAGAAGAGAUUGGAGGAUGUGGAGGUGAUCGGACCUGCCGAUGACUGGUGUCAGGAGUGAAGAUCGGCCUCUGUGGAGGAGGCCCGUGAGAAUUGGUCUGAUGGAGCAAAGGCACUCAGCGCAGCUCGGUAAAAAACGACAACAAUGGGACCAGGAUGCAAACAACAUAGAUAGUACUGGAAAUUUGACACAGCACCAGAGAACUCAAACAGGAGAGAAACCCUUCAAGUGCACUGUGUGUGAGAAGGGAUUUGCGCUGUCAUCACAACUUGAAGUACACCAGAGAACACACACAGGAGAGAAACCUUUCAAAUGCACUGUCUGUGAGAAGGCAUUUGCAUGGUCAUCAGGUCUUCAGAUCCACCAGAGAACACACACAGGAGAGAAACCCUUCAAGUGCAGUGUGUGUGAGAAGGCAUUUUCACAGACCUCAAAUCUUAAAAUACACGAGAGAACGCACACAGGAGAGAAACCAAACAAGUGCAGUGUGUGUGGAAAGGCAUUUUCAAGUUCAUUUUAUUUUAAAAUACAUCAGAAAAUACACACAGGAGAUAACCCUUUCAAGUGCAGUCUGUGUGAGAAGGAAUUUUCACAGUCAUCAAAUCUUAAAAUACACCAGAGAACGCACACAGGAGAGAAACCCUUCAAGUGCAGUGUGUGUGGGAAGGCAUAUUCAAGUUCAUUUUAUCUUAAAAUACACCAGAGAAUACACACAGGAGAGAAACCCUUCAAGUGCACUGUGUGUGAGAAGGCAUUUACAUGGUCAUCAAAUCUUAAAAGACACCAGAGAACUCACACAGGAGAGAAACCCUUCAAGUGCACUGUGUGCGAGAAGGCAUUUCCACAGUCAUCAUAUCUUGCAAUACACCAGAGAACACACAUAGGAGAGAAACCCUUCAAGUGCACUGUGUGUGAGAAGGCAUUUUCAGAUUCAUAUGCCCUUAAAAGACACCAGAGAAUACACACAGGAGAGAAAGCCUUCAGGUGCACCCUUUGUAGGAAGGCGUUUUCAGAAAAAUCACAUCUUAAAAUACACCAGAGAACACAUACGGGAGAGAAACCCUUCAGGUGCGCUCUGUGCGGAAAGCCCUUUGCAGUGUCAUCACAACUUAAAGUACACCAGACAACACACACAGGAGAGAAACAUUUCAAGUGCACUGUGUGUGAGAAGGCAUUUUCAGAUUCAUUUGCUCUUAAAAGACAUCAGAAAAUACACACAGGAGAGAAACCUUUCAAGAGCAGUGUGUGUGGGAAGGAAUUUUCAAGUUCAUCUGAUCUUAAGAUCCACCAGAGAACACACACUGGAGAGAAACAUUUCAAGUGCACUGUGUGUGAGAAGGCAUUUUCACAGUCAUCAAAUCUUAAAAAACACCAGAGAACGCACACAGGAGAGAAACCCUUCAAGUGCACUGUGUGUGGGAAGGCGUUUACACGGUCAUCAUAUCUUAAACAACACCAGAGAAGGCACAUAGGAGAGAAACCCUUCAAGUGCACUCUGUGCGGGAAGGCAUUUUUAGAUUCAUAUGCCCUUAAAAGACACCAGAGAAUACACACAGGAGAGAAAGCCUUCAGGUGCACCCUUUGCAGGAAGGCGUUUUCAGAUUCAUCACAUCUUAAAAUACACCAGAGAACACACACGGGAGAGAAACCCUUCAGAUGUGCUCUGUGCGGGAAGCCCUUUGCAGUGUCAUCACAACUUAAAGUACACCAGAGAACACACACAGGAGAGAAACAUUUCAAGUGCACUGUGUGUGAGAAGGCAUUUUCAGAUUCAUUUGCUCUUAAAAGACAUCAGAAAAUACACACAGCAGAGAAACCUUUCAAGAGCAGUGUGUGUGGGAAGGAAUUUUCAAGUUCAUCUGAUCUUAAGAUCCACCAGAGAACACACACGGGAGAGAAACAUUUAAAGUGCACUGUGUGUGAGAAGGCAUUUUCACAGUCAUCAAAUCUUAAAAAACACCAGAGAACGCACACAGGAGAGAAACCCUUCAAGUGCACUGUGUGCGGGAAGGCGUUUACACGGUCAUCAUAUCUUAAACAACACCAGAGAAGGCACAUAGGAGAGAAACCCUUCAAGUGCACUCUGUGUGGGAAGGCAUUUUCAGAUUCAUAUGCCCUUAAAAGACACAAGAGAAUACACACAGGAGAGAAAGCCUUCAGGUGCACCCUUUGCAGGAAGGCGUUUGCAGAUUCAUCACAUCUUAAAAUACACCAGAGAACACACACGGGAGAGAAACCCUUCAGAUGUGCUCUGUGCGGGAAGUCCUUUGCAGUGUCAUCACAACUUAAAGUACACCAGAGAAGGCACGCAGGAGAGAAACCCUUCAAGUGCACUGUGUGCAGGAAGGCGUUUACACGGUCAUCACAUCUUAAAAUACACCAGAGAAGGCACGCAGGAGAGAAACCCUUCAAGUGCACUCUGUGUGGGAAGGCAUUUGCACAGUCAUCAGAUCUUCAUAGACACCAGAGAACACACAGGCAUCAGAAGAUCCCCAAGAAGUGUAGUCUGAAAUCGACUUGUGAAAGUCAAAGUGCUGCAAUGAGCCUAUCCUUCCUGAAAAAAGAACCAGAAGUAAAUUCCAGCCCUGACACUAUGAAAUGUAUCAAGGUGAAAUGUGAAGAGGUGACAGUGAAGAGCGAAGAAGUGAAGGUAAAAUGUGAAGAUGAAGAUUCAACUCUAAAAUCGGACCUUAACAUCAAUGGAUGCAACGUGAAGCAGGAGGAAAAUUCUGACUGUGAGGCAGAGCGAGGCAACUCUCAGCAGUUUGUGGAAGUGGAGGUGUGGGUCGACUUCUUAGACAAUACGAAAUCAAAUGGAGACCCUGUAGAUGUUUAAGCUUGAGACAAUGAAGCUCCAAUAGAUGCACCUUUGUCACAGGCCUUUAACGAAAAUAACGCUAAGUUAAACACUCAAUUCCUCGGUUCAACCUGCAUUGUAAGAGCGGUUAGUAUUUGCGGACCUUUGGGUUGGGUAGAUCUCUAACUAGGAGUGAGAGCCAAUAAGCCCAAGCAUUCACUAUGUUAUAAUAAUAUUAGCAUUUUUAUGGUGCUUGCUUAAUCACCUCAGCAACUCGGAGUUUUGUAUCAUAUCUCAUCACAACCACUCGAAGAGCACGCCUUUUGGCGUCCUCUGGUCGAAUACUGUUUGAGACUAGGCUCGAAAGAAAGCUGUCUCUGGUGUGAACCAAUCAGUUCCAAAGACAACGCAUUUCUUAUCAGAGUAUGUUUUUGGUUUGCACUCUGACCACAAGUAUGGUGGUUAAUGCAGACUUAAUUCAUUAUAAAAGGUUUCAGUUUGGUGUUUUAACAUCUGCAUAUAUGCCUUUCCUAAAAAUUAUAUUAAGAAUGAUUCUGCCUAUUUUUUAAAAAAUAAUUUUGAUCGGGAUGUAGCGCUGGAGCAUGGAAAGGGUGAGUCGUCGUCGUCCCCCCCGCUGCCUCCUGCCUUGCCACACAAAAGAAAGCUGGAAGAUAAUUACUCACAAGCCUGUUUGGGAAGUCAUAAUGUAAUAUAAAAAACUGCAAACCCAAGGGGGGGCUAAUGAGAUUCUGCAGGAAAUCCCCAGUUGACUUCAAGAGAAGGCUACCAUAAAGGAAACAACGGACAAUAAAACAAACAUAAGACGGCAACAGCAGGGGUCACGAACCUCCCUUGGACAGCAAAAUCCACCCCAGGGCAGUUAAUCAUUAUGAACUGAUGGGUUUUUAAGAUACAGCAGUAAAGUUUGAACCUUAGCUGUAUCUUCAACCUUAAUAUAUCAAAAUAUAACUUGAGAAUAAGAAUCACGGAUCCCUGGUGAUACAGACGGGGAACAAAGUUUAAUAAAACCCUCGGAAUAUCUUUGGUAACAACUAUAGUAUACCACAAAUCUCGGUUAAGCAUGAACCAAAUAAUUAUUAUUGAAGUAUUAGAUCUAGGGUCAUUCAUAAGAUAUACAAUGCGAAAUAUGUCAAUCACACACGACCAAGAUAAUAUGUAUUCCACGGAAUCAGAACCUCACCAACAACCUUCGUCUUCCAGUAGCUAAUAGCACAUGGUAGCAGUAAAUUAUGUAUGCAGGGGGGUGCCUCCCCCUAAUAUGUGAAAUACCACCCAAGAAUUCAAAACCAUGACGCGAGUGCUGUGAACGCUGCUCAAAACGUACUUCGAGUCACUUGCAGAGUCAAAACUGUGGAAAGUGGUACGGUACCAAGCUAUAAGAGGUGAAUAAAAAAAAAAUGUACUUCCAACCCGUGAUGAGAGGAUGGAAUACAUGGCGACAGCAAGCACACCCUUGCAGGUCACGACUUCAAAAGCCACAGCGCCCCUUUUUGAGAGAGACUGCAAGUCUGAUGCAAAAACAUUUUUACACUUCCAACCCGUGAUGAGAGCGUGGGGGACGCUGCCCAAAACGUGAACAGAAACAUGGCGGUAAUAAAGACAUCCGGACAACAAACAGCUCGAGCGAUGUCAAAAGGAAACCAGCUGCACCUUUAUGAAAAUAAAGUGCCUGAGGUGGAAAAAUGCAGAUAUAAACAAGAAUGCAAGAACAUAAAUCAGUACUCCUCAAAGAAUUACCAAACUAACUGUCGAGAAGUCCGGGACCAUCAAGCACAUCACCGAUGAAUGCUCCAUCCAUGCACAUCCUGGCGGUAUCGCUGAAAUCCACACUGUCAACCACAUUUUUGGACUCCAUGAACCUUUGCAUUCAUUUAUGACGAUCAUUAAAAGUAUCAACUGUUGCUUUUCAGAAUGCCAUAUGAAAGAAAAAGAAGUACUGCGAGUGGCAGGCUCCAGGGAUUGUCCUCGCGACUGGAAAAUCGAUAGGGAGUUCUGCAUCGGCAGAUGCCACGCAUCACGGAUAGUGUUUUUUUGCGUCAUUGAGAUGUUGCCAGCCAAGGCAAAAAGACAACAUACACCCACACACACAACGCGCAUAUUUGUACCAAUAAUAUUGUUCCAAAAAGUUACCUUUGUGUUUCGAAAAGGGUUGCCAUCCCAAGGUGGUGCGUUAACUAUUAGUUGAUCAUGAAAAGCAUUGUUCUGUCCCUUGAGUUACAUGAAUACGUUCAUUUAGAAGUAUUUGUCAUUUGUUUUCAUUAAUUGCAUAACCUUACCAAUGAAUUCAUUGAUGACACACUAAACAUCUGUCAGCAUCUAUGUUACGAAUCUACACACAGGAAUACUAUUGUGUUGAGAUUUUUUUUUAUCACAAUCUUUCCUGCGAAUGCAUUGAUGUCCCAUUAGCCAAUUUAUGAGCAUUUGUUAGCCAAACAGGCACACUAGCACUCACACUUUUUUCAGGACAUUUCGUUAAUUGCAUAAUCUUACCAAUGAAUUCAUUGAUUUAUACUUUUGCCAUGGGGCACAUGUUUCUUUAGCAUGUUUCGCAUGAAUAUUGUAAUUUUUUAACGGACUUUUCCUAUCGCCGUGUAUGGUCGCGCUCCUUGGGGGAGUUAGGAAUUAGCCGAUUGUUCUAUUACUCCGUUUUAACAAACGUAACCAUUGACAGUUGAUUGUACGGAUCAAUGAUUAGGACAUCUUCAUUAGUACGGUGUUGACAAUUCCGAUCACAAGUAUGUUCACAUAUCUGAGUGUUUUUAGAUAUUAAAGUUUCUUAACAUAGAUAACAUAGAGGAGUCUGAGUGGUUUCUUUAUUACGUUCAUACAUGAUCAUCUUAAUUAUAAGAGAUCUGAAUUCUGAGACCUGAUAGAAUUACACUAAAACAUAACCAGUAAAAGUUAAAGCGAGAAUCAUUGUAUUAUCACGAUUGGUAAUACACCCAUGACAACGAAGAUAAUCCUAAUUGGUAUAAUUGCAUACAUUUUCAGAAUUUCAUAAAAUUACACAUUUUCCAUUGUAUUAUCACGAUUGGUAAUACAUCCCUAGAUAACUAAGCCGAGCCUAAUUUAAAUAAGCAUAAAGAAAUGAAAUGUCUUUUUUUUUCAAGACUAUAUGCAACAAGCACUGCUGCCCCUGUGUGGCAUAAGGUGGACCUGCACCAGCCUGCAUGUGGGUAUGAGUCUGUUGGUAGGGGGCGAUGAUUGAUGUGUAAUCUCAGUUGUGUAAUUUGUGGGUAAUGUUUCGAAUUUGCCAAAUUUUAACCACAACGCCAGCAUGCAUUCGCAUACACGUUUUGAAUGACAAUUGUUUGUUUUAGAAUCAGCUGUUAAGAAGACUGUGCAUAUUUGUAAUUCAUGUUCCUGGACUAACCAGGGAUGCCUGUCGGAUUUUAACCUUGAAACUGCCACAAAAAGAGUGCACCACCACUUGGCUUCCCUCAAUCUGAGUGCUGCAGGUGUAGGCCUCAUCCGACAGAGAUCAACUUGUCAAUACGAUAUAACGUGAUGAAGUACAUUUCAGUGCAGUAAUUACAUUUUGUCAAUAUCGAUCAUUUAGAAUGAUAAUUUAAUGAAUACUUGUCUGAUUUUGUGCAUACCUGUAACAUUUUGUCGAUAAAGGUCAAACAUGGAA